AAGGUAAGCCGUAAAGGCUGUUUAUUUUUGGAUUUUCGUUCGUCCUACAAGAUUUUUUCUCGAGUAAUGUGCUUCCUGGCCGUGUCGGACGGUACAUCGUGUUUGAAAAUCAGUUGACGAAGCAGCAAUGACCACGGAAACGAAAAUGAGCAGUUCUGAGGAGGUAUCUUGGAUUUCGUGGUUUUGCAAUCUUCGAGGCAAUGAAUUUUUUUGUGAAGUUGAUGAGGAUUACAUUCAAGACAAAUUUAAUUUAACUGGAUUGAAUGAGCAAGUACCACAUUAUAGGCAAGCAUUAGAUAUGAUACUUGAUCUUGAACCUGCUUGUUUCUAUUCUGUAGAUGAUGAAUUGGAUGGCCAUCCAAACCAGUCUGAAUUAAUUGAACAAGCAGCAGAACUACUUUAUGGAUUAAUUCACGCACGAUACAUUCUUACUAAUCGUGGCAUUGCUCAAAUGAUUGAGAAGUAUCAAGCUGGAGAUUUUGGUCAUUGCCCACGUGUAUAUUGUGAAUCCCAACCUAUGUUGCCUCUUGGUCUUAGUGAUGUUCCUGGGGAAGCAAUGGUCAAAAGUUAUUGUCCCAAAUGUAUGGAUGUUUACACACCAAAAAGUUCUCGACAUCAUCAUACUGAUGGAGCAUAUUUUGGAACAGGAUUUCCACAUAUGCUUUUCAUGGUUCAUCCAGAAUAUAGACCCAAACGUCCAACAAAUCCAUUUGUACCUAGGUUAUAUGGCUUUAAAAUUCAUCCUCUAGCAUAUCAGUUUCAACAACAAUCUGCAUCAACAUUUAAAGCACCAUUGCGAGCUGUUAAUUAUAAUAAUGGAAAACGUUAAAAAACAUUGCAACAUAGUUUAGAACAUUUUUUCAUUAUUCAAAAUACAAUUCCUAAUUUCGUCCCUAAGGAUUAAAUAAAAUAUUAUUUUUUAUAUCGAUCUUUACACAUCUUAGCAAGGCGCUGAAAAACUGAUCGUUUCGUUUGACCAUCUGUAAUUAAAAGUUUGAAUGUGACUUGAACUUUUCGGAUUUUUCCACGGUAUUUAUAGCAUACCGAAAAGAUUCAAAAGUGACAUACCAAACUAACAUUGUUUACCUAGCGCCAAAGUUCGUUUUUAUUUCAGCUUUAGUAACAAUCUUCUUUUAUGUUGAAAAUCAUACAUGUAUGAUUAUAUGUCAACUUUGAUCGAAACAAGUGAAACACUUAUGAUAAUUAGGGAGUAAAAUUCAAAUAAGAAUUACCAUAAAGUGUAUCCAUUUAAAUAUUUUGCAUCCCCGUAUUUGCUGCCUAGUAGUUCCCAAAAUACGAAUAAAAGCCGAUCUCGGAACAGGUAGCAGCAGAUAUCGAUUUUCCCCCCCCCCCCCCCAAGAAGAAAAGAAGAUACAUAUAAAUUGAUCGUUUGUUAAAUAUAAUUUAAUUUAAAUAUUAAGCUGUGAAAAAAAGCAAUUUAUUUAUACAUGAUUUAUCUUAAUAAAUACUGAACUCUGAUAAACAAGAUUUAAAGCAAAUUUAAAAGUAAA